UCAUUUUGGUUUACGUGAUAAGUUAUGAGAUGUUUUUAAUAAAUAUUAAAUAUUACUUUAAAGAAAAAUAAUGGAUGCAUAUUCAAAACCUGAAUACCCUAACAAUUCCAUCAACAUAUUUAAAAUAGAAAAGACUAUUUGAAAAAUUUUCUUGCAUACUAAUUACACCAAAACUGCUGUGAGCUUAUUUUUUGCAUAUUGCUUUUGUCAGUUGCUUGAAUGUAAUAGAUUUUGAAAGAAUGUUUACAACCUGUACUUUGAAUUUAUUGUGUGUGUAACAGAUUUAUCCUUUUCUGACAAAUGUUAAUUCUCAAUCAGUCAACUGAAUGUCAAUUCAGUUAGAAAAUGUAAUAUUUUUUUAUUUAAAUUGAUUAACUGGGUUCUUUAAUGUAGAACAGUUUUCAGACAAAUUGUGAGAAAUUUAUGACUGUUGACAAUGGGAACAAAAGAUAAUUUGCAAAACUUUGACACUUUUGACAUAAAAUAUAUUAGUAUGUAAGUGCAUUAACUAUUUCAUUUGAUCAAAUGUUAGAUAUUCUUUAUUAGGAAAAUAGAAAUAUAUAGUGGGAAUUAAUUGUGCUCAUAGUUCUUGACCAAUUUAUUUUCUUCAGGUUAUUGGAAAUAGAACAACUAGAAUUUUGAGAGGUCUAGAGCAUGGAAGAAUAGAAGUAGUAUGAAAGAUUGGGGGUACAGAAUGAACAGAGAGAGCAAAUGGUACAUUUGAAAUCAUGCAUAAUUUAAUAGAGGACCUAAGAGGGUCUCAAAGUCUGAUUAGUCAUGGCCACCUUCAGGAAACGAAGUAUGAAUUUUACAGCCAACGAAAAGAAGCUGCUGAUAAAUUUGGUGAAAGAAUACAGAUCAGUCAUCGAAGACAAGAGAAAUGAUGCUUCGGCACUUCAGAAGAAAGAAGAGACCUGGCAUGAGUUGUGUUCGAAAUACAAUAGUCGCCAUGGAGUUAAUAAAAGAAGUGUAGGACAGCUGCAAAGAUGCUGGAAGAACAUGAAGGCCAGGUCCAAAAUCACUGUGGCCAUGGAGAUGGAAGACAAGAAAGACGAUAACAACUUUGAAAUUAAGGAGGAACGAACCGAAUCUGAUCUGGCUUCCAAGCCUGCUUAUGAUUUGGACAUCGUUUAUCCCAGCGAUGGAGAGACUUCUGGCAACACUCGUGAGGAAUUAUCUCCUUCACCCUCAGCUGAGAUGCCCUCCUAUUCAUCCGACUCAUCAGGGAUUGUCUACAAUGUGCCCUAUUCUGUGCCAGUCAAUGGGAAGAGAGAAGAGGGUGACUCUCUGGACACCGAUGGGAUGCCUAACCAUUCUCCCUCUGACAAUAGGAAUGAAAAUGCCUCCCCGGAGGAGUGGGACUGUCUGAGACGUCAGGAGCACACCAGCAAGAUGAAGCUGCUACAGAUGAAGAUGGACAUGGCACGAACUGAACAUGCUGCAGUCAUGAAGGUGUAUGGAGCCCAGCUUCAGUACUGGCAACUUAGAACUCAGCAGUUGUUGGGCAAUCAUCAGGACACUUGACCAUCUUCCUUCUUCUUGAUGGUCUUUUAUAGCAGAUCUGGGCUGUGCUGUUUAGGUGGAAAGUAGCCAGAAGAUCAAGGUUCUGCGCAUCUAGUUUUUGCCAUCUUAAUUAUAUUAAUAUGGAAUUGGUGAAGAUCUUCCUUUCCAUCAGCUGAUUUCUAAGACUUCUGGUAGAAAUAAGCAUUGUGAAAUGACACUUAGGCAUUUUGUAAACUGAUCAUAAUGACAGAAUUCCCUCAGGUUUAAAUUAUUUUAUCAGUAUUUCAUAAAAACCAAAGUUGAUCUCAGCAUUCCAACACCAAAUUUUAUUCCAAAUUAUUUUGUUCACUGUUUUCCUCUGGGUCUUCAGCUUUGGCUGUUUCCACCACACACCAUUUCCAACAUGUUCCACCUCUAUUUCUGACUUGAAAGAAAAUAAUUUUUGAUUGUGAAGCAAAUUGAUGAUCAACAAAAUGGAAUGUAGUCAUACUCUGGACUUAUUUUAUUGUUUCCAGCUUCUAAUUUUGGGUUGGGCAUGCAAGGAAAAUUCAACCAUAACUAAAAAGUUUGGUUUUUGAGAGCUGGAAAGUUUGUUUCUUGAAAGAUAAUGUUCUUAUUGACUUUAAAGCAGUUGAGAGUGGAUGGACAUGUAUUUAUUUCACUGACAUAUCUUGUCUUUUUACCUGUUUCAUUUCCACUUGAUGAUCUUAUCUGAUUUUUGCACAGAAACAGAAAAGUUGAGUGUUGAACUAGCUGAUUUUCUAUUCUAAUUCCAAAUUUUUUUCAAGCAGAACAUAGUCUACAGGUGGAUAGUUUCAGGUGGAUUUGCACUUCCACUUAAUGUCUGCCUAAAAUUUUGGUAGUUCCUGAAAUGACCAUGGCCUAAUAGAAUAUUCUAGUGCAUGGAAACUAGUGGAGUGGUUCAAAAAAUGGGAUGUAUUUUGCAGAAUUGGAUCCACUUAAAAAUCAAGAGUGUGAUGGAGAAUCAAGUAAAAAUAAAAUAAAAUCUGAAGGAAUUCUGUUAAGAAGGCAAAUUCUGGUCCAUGCAGUGCACUUUGAAAUGUUAAGAAGCAAUUCAGGAAAUUUUCUUUGGCCAAUAGUUUUUUCUAUAAACUGUUGCUAAUUUCUUUUAUAUAGAGGUGAAGUCUCCACUCAGUCUUCCUACUUUGAAAGGAAAGCCAGAUUUCACUCCUGUGUACAGCCCAAGAAGGCUAUGAGUGAGAAAGCUAUUCUAGUCUAGUAGGAAACUCCAUUUUUUAGGAACCUAGAAAAAGUCUGAAGAGGAGGAGGGAAAUGGAAAAUGGUCAAGAUAAACCUCAGUCACCAGAUUAUGUGACUAAAAGAAGUGGAAAGGUCACUGGUGUUAUGAGUAUCUGGAAACAAAACUAAAAAACAAGUUUAGUUACUGAAUUUUAUAAGAAUUAGUAAAGUCAAGUUCAUUAUUCUGGUGACUUGGUAGGUAUGGUUGCUGUUUUUCUUUGUAUAAUGAACAGAAAAUGAUUUCUUGUUUUUUAUGAUUUAGAUCAGCUCCACAUCUGGAUUCCUUCAGAGGUUUUUUCUUUGAUUCCACCUCCAGAUUACUUACCUACAAAUAAGUUUUAGCAGGUGGAAGAUUAUGGCCACUUUCCUUUUCCACCUCAUCUAAUAAAAGAACAUUUUGAUUGGUGGGGCAAUCUGUUGAUGCCAUUGUACUCAGUCCCAGACAAUAAAAAUUUUUUGUGUAAAAUAAAACUGGUCUCUUUAUUUCAGAGUCUUUCACCUGGUUUGGCAGAACACACAUACAGGCAAAGACAAAACUUUCUUGUUUAAGAACAAUGUGGAAAAUGAUCAUCAGGGUUUUCAAGUUUCAAUCAUUAGCCUUAAGUGUUACUAAAUUACCAAAAUGACAGAAAAUGAAAGUAGAGAAGUCAGCAAGGGUAGGUUGUUUAAAGUUCCUUGAAUUGAAACAUUUGUUUAAAGAGAAGGUACCCCUUUUAAUUUUAAAAGCAAGGAAUUUACAUGGAAAAAAUUUUUUGACAAAAUUUCAAAAUUAUAAAGUGCCAUUAUGACCAUUCCUGAAAGUGAGAUCAAGAACUAUUCAAGACAUCAAAUAUAGAUUGUAUUUACAUCAAUUUUAUGAAUAAAUCUUUACCAUACUAAAAUUCCAUGAAAGGAAAUUUGCCAUACAAACACUGAUUUUAAAACCAGGUAGAUUUUUUUUUUCCAGAAAAACCUGAAUUGGUGGAGUUUUACAGAAGAUGGAAUUCCACUCACAACAGGUCUAAAAGAGACAACACCCUCCAAUUUUGCAAAGUUUGAUAUACAGUGGUACCUUGUACAGUACUUUGAACAACUCUAAUAUCAAAUGGUA